AGUGUACCUCCAUACUUGCCCGACGGUAAACUCUUCAACGUGGCUCGCCUCCGCACCAAAACCAAAGUCAAAACUGUACUUGUGCGUGACUUGCUCUUCGCUGACGAUACUGCCUUCGCAACGCAUUUCGAGGCAGCAUUGCAGAGGCUCAUCACCAAACUCGCCAGCGCAUGUAUAAACUUUGGCCUCAAAAUCAGCCUCGAGAAAACCAAUGUGAGUGCCCAAGAUGUCAGCCAUGCCCCUGAAAUCAAAAUCAGCCACCACACUCUCGUGGUAGUCGACGAAUUCACCUACCUCGGUUCCACCAUCUCCAUGAACUCGGGCCUUGACGCAGAAUCUCCAAAAGAAUCGGCAAACACACCGGCGGGCAUGUCCAAAUUGACCAACACAGCCUGGGAAAACAUUUACCUGACUGAAAGUAUCAAAAAGCACAUCUACCAGGCAUGCGUUCUCGGUACCUUGCUCUACAGCAGUGAAACUUGGACUACCUACAUGAGACAGGAACACCGCUAG